CAAUCAGCAAGAACUACUGCCACCCAUGCACUACCCAAAUCGGGGCUUCCUAAACACAUUUCCGAUUUGAAACAAUUCACAGUAACAAAAAAGAAGCUAAUGAUGUCAUGCUCUCCGGUUAAGUAUUUUAAAGGAAUAAUUAUAUAUAUUUUUUACGUAACAUCAAUUUACUUUAGGGCAAUCCAGUAUCAUGUCAGUGCACUGUACACCCACCAACUUUCCUUUCUAAUUUGCAUGGGGCUGAAACCAGAGUUCAGUAUAUAACGACGAGAUGCUCAUGUUUCCGCUCUAACAUUGUCAGUCUUUGUUCCAAAGGCGGGAAGGCAGGCAAACAAGCUUAAGUCUGUAUUUUAUUCGAAUUGGGCUGAUUCAAGACAGAUUUUGGCGAGAGUGAGCCAUCUCGCGUCUCCGCGCUGAAACUAUACCACCAGAGAAAACAGCCGAUCGAGCGAAACACCUCCUACUUUAUGUAGCCCUGAUCCUGUCUGGCCAGAUGUAGUAUGACAUUUCGUCUAGACAGUCUACAAAUACUGAAACAAACAAACCAAUUGUGCGCUGCCUUAUUGGACUCCAGUCACGGCCGGUUGUGAACCAGGGUGUCUGUGGGGACGCCUCCAACACUGAGACGCAGUGCAGACCGCUGCGCCACUCGGGAGCCACAGGCUUCUCUUAACAAAAUGGGCCACUAUUCUGAUAAUUGCUCUAAUGACUUGGAUUCAUUUUGGGAUGAGUCGAGAAAUAAAUGUGUGCCAUGUCAUCAACAUCCACAGCAUCCGAUCCAACCAGGGUACGAAUUUAGUCCAAACUGUGGCAUGCAUGAUGAUGGGGGGAGGUCGGAAAUACCAUAUCGGAAAUGUGCCGCACAGACCUUCAAUAAUGGGACGUUCGUGAAAUGCAAACCCUGUUCUAGCUGCCCCCCAACUCAUCGAAAGCUGUCUGAAUGCAACACCACGACAGACACGCAAUGCUGCGGAUCGAGUGACCAGACAGGCUGUCGGGAAGGACUCCUGGGUACUACGACUCAACAGGUGCAACAGUCAACAACGUUAAAGGUCCAAAUGUCAACAUCAAAUCCCACCACAGCCGAACACACUGCUCAAACCAUCAGACCACCAGACGUCAACCAUAAGACUGCAUGGAUAGUGCUGACUGUCAUCUUGGUUCUCUCUGUACUUGCAUUUCUCUUAUUCAUCUAUAUUAAGAAGAGAAGGGGAAGAUCAAGAGCCUUUUGCAUCAGAGAUAAGGAGAAUAAGCCAUGCUUUAAGGUCAACCUUAACUGCCUCCCAUCAGACAAUAUCCUGUAUACCAACCAACAGUCAUGGAGUAGUAGGGGAACAGCAUCUGUCAAUGAAGAGGUUGCUUUCCUACAGUCAGAGACAAGGAACCUAGAGGACAUUUUGAGUCCUGACCUCCAGUCUGCGCCACUGCAGACGGUUCUGGACAACCUGGAUGUUCUAGAGGAGCUUGUGAUCCUGCUGGACCCAGAGAUCCCUGGGGUGAAGAACACCACCCACCUAGCAUCUCGCUGCUCCUUCCCUGCCACCUGGAUUACCUACACCUACUCCCUGAGGGAGAGCAAGAGCCCCCUGAGGGCCGUGCUGGAGGGGGUCACCACCAAGCACCCAGACUGGACUGUAGGACAAUUGGCCAGGCUGCUGAGAGAGAUGGACCGGAACGACGCAGUGGUGGUGCUUACCAAACUCACCUUGUUUAAGGUUGUCUAGUCUGGGUGUGUUCUGUGUUGGGUGCGGAAAAGAUGGCUCCAUCCAGAUACAAUCACAAGUCUCUACCACCUGCAAAGGCACUGAGAUAUAACAGGAGGGCCAGUAGGAGGCAUGCUUUCCUUAGGGACCCCAAAGUCCCAUGGCAGUGAUUGGGAACACUGUUCUUUUGUAUUAGGGUUCAAAUAAGAUAUUUAACUGAGAUAACAUGUCACUUAUUACUUAAAGCAGGGGUGUUAACCCCGGUGUCCUGAAAAAGAGGAGCCACACACUCUAGUAGCUCAGAUGCAAUAAUGUAAUAACCUAAUAACCAACGUUUCGACAGACAAGCUGUCUUCAUCAGGGUAUAAUGACAAGCACUGUGGGGUGACUAGUUUAUAUAGUGUCAAAGGACACACACAUGUCUGUAAUCAUGACCGGGUGUGGCUUGAUAUCGUUGGUUCAUUUUCAGAUAUGUAUAGAACAUACAAAAACAUGAAUCAUAGAUACAAUUUUGCUACAUCGGCCCACAAACAUAUACAAUGAAUAGCAAAAUCACAAAAAUGGCUUCAGAUCAAAGUCCAGGCGGCCUCUCGUUUUAACAAUAAAUUGUCGAGGUCCCCCCCCCACUCCCCUCUCCUAGGGAGGGUGACGUGUUCGAUGCCGAUAUAACGUAAGUAUGAAAUCGGGUGGUUCACUUCCAAAAAGUGUGCCGCAACUGGGUAUGUUGAGUUUUUGCACCUAAUGGUGCUAUGAUGCUCCGAGAUCUGUAGUUUUAAUUUGCGCUUCAUUUUACCACAAGGACAAGUUAUAAGAUAAAUAACAUAUUUGAUUGGGAUCCGUUUCCCUGGUUGGGGGUUUCCCAGGCAAGUCAGUUCAGAACAGAUUCUUAAUUUCAAUGACGGUCUAGGAACAGUGGGUUACCUGCCUGUUCAGGGUCAGAACGACAGAUUUGUACCUUGUCAGCUCGGGGGUUUGAAUUUCAAUAGCUCCUUGGUCAUGUGACUUCAAACAAGGUUCAGAAUGUCCACUCAGUGUCCCUACACAUUGCACAACCUUUAGUUUGUCCAUUUUCAUCUCACAUGGUUUUACAUGAAUUUUUCAACAUUUAGAAUUUCAAUAGUUUCUUGGUCAUGUGACCUAAUGUCCGCUGACUACCCUUCUAUAUUGCACACUCUUGUUUGUGUACUGUAAAAUCAUGCGGUGUAACAUACCUUUUUCAUAAUUUCAAAUUUGCAAUAGCUCCUUGGUGAUGUCAAUUACACACCUAAGAAGCAUACAGUGGAUAUACACCCAUAUUGCAUAACCUCUAGUCAUGUAUCUUCUAUAUUGUUGUACAUUAUUAUUAGUUUGACAAUUAGGGGGUUCAGUCCAGUGUUUACCCUUUUCUUUAAUGUUUAUCUACAAUAGUUGGUCUUUCCAAGUACUUAUUUUCCCUGUUUUUUAUUUUUCCUAUUGUGUAUGUGGUACACAAUAGGAGAGAGACAGAUAAUAUCUCCUUUCGUCGUUAAUAUCAACCAUAAAGGAAAAGGGCAAAGUACGAGAGUCAUGUUAUUAACUGUCCAAAUCAGGGAUGGAGAGGGAGCUAGUGAGGUAGGCUGCAGUGGGUUUGCUGGUCAAUACAUACACUGAACAGGGAUGGAGAGGGAGCUAGUGAGGUAGGCUGCAGUGGGUUUGCUGGUCAAUACAUAUACUGAACAGGGAUGGAGAGGGAGCUAGUGAGGUAGGCUGCAGUGGGUUUGCUGGUCAAUACAUACACUGAACAGGGAUGGAGAGGGAGCUAGUGAGGUAGGCUGCAGUGGGUUUACUGGUCAAUACAUACACUGAACAGGGAUGGAGAGGGAGCUAGUGAGGUAGGCUGCAGUGGGUUUGCUGGUCAAUACAUACACUGAACAGGGAUGGAGAGGGAGCUAGUGAGGUAGGCUGCAGUGGGUUUGCUGGUCAAUACAUACACUGAACAGGGAUGGAGAGGGAGCUAGUGAGGUAGGCUGCAGUGGGUUUACUGGUCAAUACAUAUACUGAACAGGGAUGGAGAGGGAGCUAGUGAGGUAGGCUGCAGUGGGUUUACUGGUCAAUACAUACACUGAACAGGGAUGGAGAGGGAGCCAGUGAGGUAGGCUGCAGUGGGUUUACUGGUCAAUACAUACACUGAACAGGGAUGGAGAGGGAGCUAGUGAGGUAGGCUGCAGUGGGUUUGCUGGUCAAUACAUACACUGAACAGGGAUGGAGAGGGAGCUAGUGAGGUAGGCUGCAGUGGGUUUGCUGGUCAAUACAUAUACUGAACAUGUAACCACAGUAAUGGUGGCUAGAAAAUCAAUGAAUAAAAAUGUUAUACUGACAAAUUAAACAAAUUGUAGACCUUUAAUCUUUUCCAACAUGUCAACAGACACUUAACUUCAAUUAAGUAUGAAACAUUUCACCAACAAAGACUGCACUUCCAGUUUGUGUUCUUUACUAUGUUGAACUCUUUUGUCUUCAUUCCUAGGCACAGCACAUUGAACAUCAGUUGGCAUGCCAACUAUUAAAUCAAAACAAAGCAUAACACGUUAUAAAUAAUAUCAAUGCAGUAUGACAAAUUAGCCGUCCAUUGUGUUAUAUCAUAAAUUGUCUUACAUGCCGUCACUGUUGUCAAAAGAUUCUAAACAUGUUAAAUGAAGUUACUAACCCAGUCAGUCUUUGGACCACAUCCAGGUUCUUUAUCAGUGGCACACAUGAAGCAGUUGUUGGCUUUGUUGAACUCUGAAAUCAGAGGCAUGAACUGAACAUAUGGCUUUCCCACACUACUACAUCAAAAUAAAGAAUUGACAUUUACUUUGAAUUAAACGUCAUUACAUACCAGACAUUUUUAGUAUAUCCUCAGCCAUUUCUUUUCACAGUUGCUCCAUUGGGGCGGCAGGGUAGCCUAGUGGUUAGAGUGUUGGACUAGUAACCGCAAGGUUGCGAGUUCAAACCCCCGAGCUGACAAGGUACAAAUCUGUCGUUCUGCCCCUGAACAGGCAGUUAACCCAUUGUUCCCAGGCCGUCAUUGAAAAUAAUUAACUGACUUGCCUGGUUAAAUAAAGGUAAAAAAAAAAAUGUGUUUUUGAAGGUUCCAUAUUAAUUUGGGAAGGGAUGUUGGGGAAGUUCUGUGCAACUUCCUUGGCCAUCUACACCAAAAAAGAACAGCUAACCAUUCAUUAUUGAAAAUAUAACUAUCAAACCUGCAUUAUAAAGACCCCACAGCUGAAGGUGUCCUGCUGCGUGGUGAGUUAUUUCCCCUCCUUCACACUUUAUGACCGCCCAGUCGUCCGUUCCAUGGCAGGAUCUUCUCAUUUUGAAGUAUUCCCUUUUUUAUGUAAAAAUAAUGGAAUUAUGAUUAGUUAUGAAUACACAAGCCAAAUUUGUAUGCUGUUUACCUUAUCACUAUAAUCUAGUAGUAAUUUAUUAGUAGAGAUAAUUUCCUUUAUGCCCCAUUCUACACACAGCCUAAAUUAUAGGCACUGAACCAUUUACAGGACAAUAAAAGUGGCAUAUAGGAUCCAACCCUAUCACAGAGUGAAUAAAUGUACAGUCGUGGCCAAAAGUUUUGAGAAUGACACAAAUAUGUAUUUUCUGUCACGCCCUGGUCGUAUAAUAUUGUGUUUGUCUUCAUUUAUUUGGUCAGGCCAGGGUGUGACAUGGGUUUAUUGUGGUGUGUUUUGUCUUGGGGGUGUCUAGCAUAGUCUAUGGCUGCCUGAGGCGGUUCUCAAUCAGAGUCAGGUGAUUAUCGUUGUCUCUGAUUGGGAAUCAUAUUUAGGCAGCCAUAUUCUUUGAUUAUUUCGUGGGUGAUUGUUCCUGUCUCUGUGUUUGUUUUCACCAGAUAGGCUGUAUAGGUUUUCAUGUUCCGUUUGUUGCUUUUGUAUAGUUCGGUAUUUUUCAUUCCUCAUUAAACAUGUCUCA